CUCACAGACCCGCCACACGUAAAUCCCGUUUCGCCCGUUUACACGAGCAGUAGUGUAGGCAGAACAGCCGCUUGGUUUUUCCUCCGGACGGCUAGGGCAUCCCGUGAAGAUACGAUAGGACAGACACAAAGAACAGACAGUGCAGAGGAGGACAGAGGCUUUCUCGCGUACAAACACACAUUAAUUAUACGGAUCUAUCUGCUGUUCUCCUAUUCUCUUCUUGUCAAUACGCACACACCACAACACACCAUGCCACCACGCUGCGUGUACGUGUGCCGAAAGACCAACUGCAUGAAGCUUGCGGGUUUUUGGCUAGAGCAAAGAAGCGACGGUAUAUCGCGAGGCUGAAGCGAUGGCGUGUGUCCUUCCAACAUGGAGGCGCCAAUUCAUCAUCCCGCUGAUCAUCUCAACAGCUAAAGCAUUCUCCCUCCCCAUCGCCCACGCACUGGUGUCAUCAGCCAGAUCCCAACCCAGCCGAAGACAGACAUCUCUGUUGUCCAGCCGGCGGUCCUUCCUCACCUCACUUAGUCCCCUCCUGUUGCCCCUUGCCGCUUUCGGAAAGAAGCCAGCGUACGAUGACGAAGCAAGCGCGUUGGCUGCGGCCGCCUCAUCAAGGCCGGCAAUUCGCUCGUUUCGAGACUCGUUGGAUGACUUACGAAGGAGCAAUUCCAAUCGCUUUGAUGGCCGCGUCAGGUAAGAGGGUCGCCUGGUCUGUCUUAUCUUCACACUCAAUGGCACUGAACGUCCCCCGUCUUUCCCUUGUGGCAGCUGGCAGGAGUACCGUGUCACUUUCGGACGGGCCGUGAAGCCCCUGUCGCUUGCCUUGCCCCAGCUGGCAGGAGUAGACCCUGACAUAGCGGAGGAGCUGACACAAGACGUGCGUACUGAGGGCACACGUCGGCUAUUUCCCUGCUAUGCCACCGUGUGUGUGUUCAGAUCAUGCGUUGCGAUACCGCCCUGUACAACAACAUCUUCGCCAACAGUAGUGGGGGCGGGAUCGGAUAUGACAUCGACACGCCCUUACGAUUUGUGGACCGCAUACUGGUGGGGCUGGAUGACAUAGAGCGCGAGGGUUUCAGGAACAUAGAAUAGUCGAUCAGCACAGGCCGGGUGCGGGCUCCGUAGGUAGGUGGG